UGUGUGGACAGCAGAGAGAGCCAGAGAUACGGCGGCAGCUCAGUGCGUCGAUCGGAGAGAUGGGGGCAGAGCUGACCGCCUGUGAGAGCAUAUAACCCGGGGAGGAGGACAUCUGAAGAAGAGGGAGUAACCAUGUUUGAUCCUCAAUAGUCUUCAUCCUUCGAUUUGGAUCCAGGAUCGCCUCCGAAACACCAGAGUCAUGAUGAAACCUGUCCUGCAUUGAGCCUCUCCUCGUGGGUUGGCAUGGCCCAGUGAUGAACGGAGCGGUGGUGCCUGGUAGCCCGGAGCUCUCCUCCUCAUGCCCGCUGCCUGACUGGCGAGAGUUCUGUGAGGUCCACGCCAGAGCCUCCGCCGCAGACUUUGCCGACAAGUUCCAGCGCUUCUUGUCGGAGAACCCGUGCUACGACUCGCCUGGUGCUGAUGCAAGCUUCUCCCAGCACUUUGCCCAACACUUCCUGGAGUGCUUCACCUCAGCGCUGACCCAGGCUCGGGAGAACCAGGCCUCCUCGCCAGGGGAGGAAGGAUCCAACUUAGCACCCAAGUACAGCAUAGUUCCUUUCCUUGGGAUCCAGGGCUGCCCGCUUUCGUACGGUCACGAAUUUUACCAGAGACGCAAGGACGCCGGGGCUUCCAGUGAGUCCCUGGACAGUAUGGACAGCGGAGGAGGAGGGAUAGAUGGGGGGGGAAGUGGCCCCACCAGAGGCCCCCAGCCAACCCACAAGGUGUCCGCUCUGGGACAGUCCCGCAGCUCAGAGGACGUUUCAGUCAGCCACCCAAAGGCCCGCUUCAAGAAGGGUUUCUCCCUGAGGAACAUGAGUCUGUGUGUGGUGGACGGGGUGAAGGAGAUGUGGCACAGACGGGCCUCCCCUGAACCAGACGGUCCCUCUGGAACCAGGAAGGCUAACGGGGGAAUAGCAGGAGGAGGAGGAGGAGGAACCGGGGAGGCCGCAGGGGGUGAGAAAUGGUCCCAAAAGCUGCGGCUCCCCAGAGGCUCUCAGGGACACAAGGCUGAGAUGUUAGAGAUCCAGCGUGAGGGAGCACUCAGGUACAUGGUGGCUGACGACACAAACUGUAUGGGAGCCUCACAGUGGCAGAAGUGCCGCCUGCUGCUGAGAAAGACCAAGAGGGAUGAAGGAGGGGAGAAGUUCCUGCUGGAGUUCUACGUACCACCCAAGUCUUCGAAGCCCAAAGUGAGCAUCCCCCUGUCAGCCAUCGUGGAGGUGAGGACCACCAUGCCACUGGAGAUGCCUGACAAGGACAACACUUUUGUUCUUAAGGUGGAAAACGGGGGGGAGUACAUCCUGGAAACUAUUGACUCGCUGCAGAAAAACUCCUGGGUUGCGGACAUCCAGGACUGCAUAGACCCUGGUGACAGCGGCGAUGACAUUGAGCUGGCGUCGUGUCCUCAUGGUCAGGCCUCCAAAGACUGCUCCAUGGUGGCCUCCUGCAGCUGUGAGCUGCUGUCUGAGGGUGUGUAUCGUGCCCCGGAGAGGUCCUGUCCUACAGCAGCUGAACAUUACAGUGCACCCUCAGUCCGUUGCAGAGAACCCCCCUUCACCCAGCACCCAUCCCACAUGCCUUUAGAGCGCUUCCUCCAAUCCCCUGAGGCCCAGACCUCCAACUCUUCUGCAGGCGAUUUGUUUUGUCUUUGGUCAGUUGGCAGUGAAGGAGCAAAAGAGUCUGAAGGGGAUGCCAGCCUGGCAGGUUACCCAUGGUUCCAUGGCACACUGUCCCGUGUACGUGCAGCUCAGUUGGUGCUAGCAGGAGGCACCAGGAGUCAUGGACUUUUUGUGAUACGGCAGAGUGAGACUCGUCCGGGCGAGUACGUUCUCACCUUCAACUUUCAGGGCAAAGCCAAGCAUUUGCGUUUGUCAGUAAAUGAGAAUGGUCAGUGCCACGUCCACCACCUGUGGUUCCACACUGUAUCGGACAUGCUGAGACACUUCCACGCCCACCCCAUCCCCCUUGAAUCCGGAGGCUCCGCUGACAUCACACUACGCUCCUAUGUACAAGUGCAGCGAAGCUCCACUACAGACGUGACCGCGCCUCCAGUCCUCACCCCACCCAGGGAUGCAGCAGUCUGCCGCACAGAUCCAGCCCAGCCAGCUCUCCACCCUGCUGGGAUCCCAGCGCCUGCAGGGCCCCCCCCUGAUCCCCCGCUCUCCUCCAGCACCUCCUCCUCACCCACUGCCCUUCCCUCCCUCUCCCGCAGCGACCCAGGUCCUGGAGGAGGAGGAGUAGUAGGAGGAGGGUUACAGAGCAGGAGUAACAGCUCUGAACGCUUGCUGGAGGCCUCUACUGGCUCGUCUGAGGACUACCAUGAUGCUGAUGGGACUCGCAGGGCUCGAGCGGUGGAGAACCAGUACUCUUUCUACUAAAAUGGCACAGGGCAGGGUUCAGUCAUGAACUUAAAUGAAUUUGAAUGAUGCAGAAAAGGUUGGAGGUGACAGCAGACAUUUUGCUGAAGAUGAAAACGGUCCAAAUCACUGGAUCACACAUUGUUUUGUUGUGUUUGUUUGGAGGCUAUUUCCUGUUUCUCAGAUUUAAGGAAGGUGGUGAGAUCAUGCUGAUCAUUCUGAUAAAUCCAUCAGGCUCAGCGGCUUUAAACUCAGUUGAUAAGAAUGUAAGUGAACGGACAAAAGAAAUGUUGAGUUGAGACCUAGAUGUAGAAAAUGCAGCGCUGAAGAUGAGCGUAGGAGGAGAGAGCUGGAGGAAGUCAUCCAGUGGAGUCAUAUGGCUUUGAUUCACUUCUUCCGACCACUUCCUGCUCCUUGCUACCCAAAGUUCCCUGGGAGCACAGCCUGUCACCACCCCGCUGAAGGGUUGAGAGUUUGAUAUGACCCUGAAGAAACAGCCCCUCCCCUUCAAGCUCCCAAGAGCAUCCCAUUAAUGUUUGUAAAGCUGCUUUGAGUCUGUCCCGGAUAUCCUCGCUGUCCCUGCAGGGUUUCCCUACAAAGUCCUGCUUCGAGUCUGCACUAACAUCAGUACAGUAAUCAUGGGUGUGUUUGUGAUAGCUGGGAGAUGUUUUCCUUGAAAGUGUACAGCCUAAAGGGUCUUCGUGCCUGACAGCUGCUUUGGACUUGGACAGACCAUUGCUCACAGAGAUAAAGAGGAAGGUAUUGGCAUCUCACAUGUGCAUCAAAGCCCAAAAUUAAAAGCAGGUGAUUAUUGUCAGUUUCUAAACAUGCAUAUCUCUGUUUUGUUCUCACAGUUUUGCUGAUGUUUUCAACAGUCACACAAGUAAUUGUUAGUUGAAAAUGGAAGACAAACAGCACAAAUUCAGUCUUUGUGAAUAUGGCAGGAUGGAUCUCAUUUUGCCGUCACAGUGGGUUGUUUCUAUGAGUGUGUGGUGGUGUUUUAGAGUGAAAAUAUUUUUCAAUGAUUGGUGUGCUACAGUGGUGUUACUACAAUAUGGUUUUCAGGACUGUACUCAAGCUCAUCAUAUCAAUAAACCUGUAGAUUAGAUAUGCUGUUAAUAAAGGAGUUCACUUUCAAGUAAUGCCUUUAAGAUAUUAUUAUACCAAAUCCAGCAUUUACCGGGGACUGGGGACUAGUUUUUCAGAGAGGAGGCAGUGUUGUGUACUGCAUUAGACUGGAACAGGAAGUGCAGUAGGUUAAAGGGUACUAGAUAGCCUUGCUUGAAUAGAGAGAUGUGACAUUGCUGCUUUUCUUUAUGCUGACUCAGUAUUUAGAAUAGGUCUUUGAGUAAAUAUUCAAUAAUGAAAAACUUAAUGAUGCAAAAUAUUCAUGCUGCUGUAAGAAUUGAUGUUACAGUACCAUUCAUGUCACAAAAGCGUCUACCUUUUAAAAUAUUGUUGUUGCAAAAAUUCUACAUUUUGGGAAAGAGUUAAUAAACUGCUAGCGUACUGUAAGCUUAUCUCAGUGUACAGACUUCAAGCUAGCACCACCAGCCUCCCAGUUUCCUUACAGGUUAGCACCCAUGUGCCUGUGCUGGUUACAUACAACUUCAUCUCCAUUUUCCUGACCAAAUACUGCCAAACUGCGCUUGUUUACACCCAUGUAGUAGGGCACUAUAGCUUCCUGUAAGACUGAUUAGCCUGAGCGACAGCGCCGGCAAUAUAUUAUCUGCAUUUUGAGCGUUAGAGAAAUUACAUAUCUUUUGUUUAACCGGCUAGUAAUCAUUGGUUUACCUAGAGAGAGUCACGACUUGAUGCAUCCCUUUUUUUUUUAAGUUAUAUUUUUGGGCUUUUUGCCUUUAUUUGAUAGGACAGCUGAAGAGAGACAGGAAAUGUGGGGAAUAGAGAGUGGGGGAAGACAUGCAGGAAAUGGUCGACCGGUCGGGAGUCGAACUGGCAACCUCUGCGACGAGGACUAUAGCCUCUGUAUGUGAGGCGCUAAGACCGCUAGGCCACCAGUGCCCCAAUGUGACUCAUCCCUAGCAGUAACACAGCUGAACACACACACACACACACACACACACACGCACGCACGCACGCACGCACGCACGCACGCACACACACACACACACGCACACACCUGCUAUUUUAAAUCUGAAACUCAAGAAGGGAUACAAGUCAUUGCUUUGUGGAGCUUUAUGCACCAGACUACUUUAAGCAGACUUGUGCUCAGAAAACCCCAUGUGUCAAAAAAUAGUAUGACACAUGAGUUCUCAUAAAACUUUCAUAUGUUGUUUUACGCCUACACACUUGUUGAAUUAGCCGCGCCAUACUCUGACCCUCAAAGAUGCUAUCAGGCCGCUUUGACAGAGCCUUGCUAGAUGUUUUCUGUUUAUAUGCUAAGGCUGGCUGUUACAAACUAACCAUAACAACCCUACAGUGGUAUCAAACUUCUUGUUUAUCUGCUGCUACUGUAUUUCAGGCAUUUGCAAAACUUGUACUCAGUUGGAAUAAACAUAUCAAGAGUCCACAUCUCUCUUUUCAAGCAUGGUGAUGUAGCUUCAAAGGUAAAAUGUCACUUCUGGUUAAGGAGCGGGGGCGAAGCAGUUCAUGUGCCAAUUUGAAUCCUAUUUUUGAGACAUAUUUAUUCCUCAGCCGUUGUAAAUUACUUAUUUAUGUACAAUUGAUUGAUUCUUCUCGAUGAAACAUCCUUAGUGGAACCUGUGUGUUUCAAGAGCCCAUCUCACACAUAUCACAGAUUAAUCAUGUCUCCCUUUUUGUUUUCACAACACUUCUUUAAGCUGAAUUUUCUGUUGUCUGACUGGGUUUUGAAGAGUCUGUGCAAUUUUGUACAAAGUGAUGUAAUUGACAUACUACUUUAUAUUUCUGUGAAUAAAAUGUGAACAAAC